UGAAGAUGAUGGGAAGCAGCUUUCUGAGCGCAGACAGAGCUCGCAGUCCUCCAGUGAAAGUGUUGUCCAGCCAGCUGCGUGAGGGCCGAGAGUGUCAGACAGCAAGCGGGAGAGCAGAGUACGUUAUCAUGCGCCUGGGCCCCGCUGAACAGCGCUGCUUAGCGGUGUCUGUGGUCUGGAUGCAGGGCACUGUGCUGGAGGUGCAGGCAGAUCACAACACCGUGCUCAUUCUGGACGAGACCGGUGGGUGCAGAAUUCGGCACAACACCGGCAACUUUGUCGUCAGCGGCAUUAACAGCGUGCCCAAAGGAAAACCCUGCCUGAGUCCUGGUAUAUAUGUCAUGGUUAUGGGUGUCAUCCAGUCACACAGUGCAGAGCCGAUGCUGCGUGCUGUGAAGAUGGCAGAUCUUUCCGAAAAUGCUUUGAUUCACAGGAAAAACUGGACCUAAGUAGUAGAAGAUCUCCAGCAGAUUUUGCCCUAAAUCUUCGUUUGCUUCAUGAGACUAAUGCAUUUGUU